AUGGCUACUGGCGGCGACGGCAUCUAUAUCGUGCACUCGGACGGAUCAAGGACCCUGGACGGCUGCAGCGGAGCCGCCGUGUCUUGUCUUGGCCAUAGCCACCAGAAAGUUAUUGAUGCAAUUGUCCACCAAGCGCAGCAGCUGUCGUUCGCUCACACCUCCGUCUUCACAAGUCAGCCGGCGGAGGACCUGGCCUCGUUGUUGGUGGAAAGCAGUGAUGGCGCUUUCAGCAAUGUCAUGUUCCUGAGCUCCGGAUCGGAAGCCGUCGAAUCAGCUAUCAAGCUUGUACGCCAAUACCACAUCUGCAAUGGCGAGCCCGAGCGUGUCAACUUCAUCUCACGGAAGUACGGCUACCACGGAAAUACGAUAGGGGCCCUUUCUGCUGGAUAUAAUCCACCACGGAGACAGCCCUUUGAACCAUUAUUGUCAGACGCCUUCCACCACGUGUCACCUUGUUUCUUCACCAGAGAUGGUCGGGAAGAUGAGACUGAGGCACAAUACGUGGACCGACUCGUUCAGGAGUACGAAGAAAUGUUCCAGAGACUGGGACCCAAGACCGUGGCCGCAGUAAUGCUGGAGACGAUCUCGGGUGCCACUCUUGGCGCGGUACCCCCCGCCGUGGGCUAUCUGGCUCGGCUGAGGGCACUCUGCAACAAGCACGGCGCGUUACUGCUAUUCGACGAGGUUAUGUGUGGUAUGGGCAGAGCCGGCACUCUGCACGCGUGGCAGUCUCUGGGCGGCGUCGCUCCGGAUUUGCAGACCAUCGGCAAGGGCCUCGGUGGCGGCUACCAGCCCAUUUCCGCCAUUCUCGUUGCCGCUCGAGUCCACACAAAGAUCGCGGCGGCACAAGCACAGCACCCGUUUGUAAGUGGGCACACAUACCAGGGCCACGCUAUCGGUUGCGCUGCCGCUCUCGCCACGCAGCGUGCCAUCAUCGACGACAAGCUGCUGAAAAGGGUGGUUGAUAUGGGCGAUCUGCUGGAAGAUGAAGUCCGCCGCCAAGUGCCUCAUCUCAAGGAGGUCCGAGGUCUCGGCUUGUUCAAGGCGGCCGAGUUCGCGCCCGUGGCUAGUAGGGGGCACAUCGCCCCUGAUGUCGUGAAAGCCUGCCUAACUAAUGGCUUGGCUGUAUACCUAUGCUCGCCGGCUACCGAUGCUGUGUUGUUUGCGCCGCCGUUCAUUAUUACUCCGGAACAGAUUAAGGAGCUUGUGCGCAUUUUUGCCAUGUCGGUUAAGCAGGUGUUAGAACGAAAGGUAGACUAA